AUGGCCGGCGUUGGCUUCCUGUCCUCGCCGCAAGCCUCCGACUACCUGCCGUCCAUCUCGCCCACCGUCGUGUACUCGACGGCCCAGGCCGCGUGGACGCCGCAGGAGCUGCAAGCGCUGCACGCCGGCCUCACGCAGUUCCCCGCCGACCAGUUCGACAACGUCACGCGCUACAUCAAGAUCGCCGCCACGCUGCCGCGCAAGUGUGUGCGGGACGUGGCCUUCAAGGUCAAGGCCCUCGGCUACCCGAGCGGCCAGCCAGCAGCAGCAGCAGCAGCGCAGCCGGCCACCGUCACCAAGCGCAUGAAGAUCGAGCCGUACCAGGAGCCGAACCAGGCGGCCACGUCCACUGCUGAGCUGGAGGAGGCACGACUGGCGGCGCUGCUGCAGGACAACGUGCUGGCCAUCAACACGAUGCGCACCAACCUGCUCAACGGCAAAGCGGACGAGAACCGCGCGCAGAUGAUCAACCUCGGGGACAUCUGCACGUCCAUUCCGCCGCUGCCCCUGCAACUCGACACGUCGCUGCUAGACGAAGACAACGAAGGCAGCAGCAACAAAUGCAACAACACAAGCAGC